AAGCGGAAUUGGCGGCGCGGGCAGCUCCGGGUGCGCGGCGACAUGGUGCGCGGCAGGAUCUGCAGACUCUUGGUGCGCGACGUGCGCUUCCCCACGUCGCUGGGCGGCCACGGCUCCGACGCCAUGCACACAGACCCUGACUACUCGGCUGCCUAUGUCGUCUUAGAGACCGAUGCGGAAGACGGGCUCAAGGGGUACGGGCUUACCUUCACUCUGGGAAAAGGCACGGAAGUUGUUGUCUGUGCUGUGAAUGCCCUCGCCCACCAUGUGCUUAACAAGGACCUCAGGGACAUCGUCAGUGACUUCAGAGGCUUCUACAGGCAGCUCACAAGCGACGGGCAGCUCAGAUGGAUCGGUCCUGAGAAAGGUGUUGUGCAUCUGGCUACCGCAGCCCUUCUCAACGCUGUGUGGGACCUGUGGGCCAAGCAGGAGGGAAAGCCUCUGUGGAAGUUACUUGUUGACAUGGACCCCAGGACGCUGUUAUCCUGCAUCGAUUUCAGGUACAUCACAGACGUCCUGACCGAGGAGGAAGCCUAUGAAAUACUGCAGAAAGGUCAAGUUGGUAAAAAAGAGAGAGAAGGGCAAAUGCUGAUGCACGGAUACCCUGCCUACACCACGUCGUGUGCCUGGCUGGGGUACUCCGAUGACACGCUGAAGCAGCUCUGCACGGAGGCACUGAAGGACGGCUGGACCAGGUUUAAGGUAAAAGUGGGUGCUGACCUCCAGGAUGACAUCCGCAGGUGCCGCCUCAUCCGAAACAUGAUUGGACCCGAGAAGACGUUGAUGAUGGAUGCCAACCAGCGCUGGGAUGUGCCCGAGGCGGUAGAGUGGAUGUCAAAGCUGGCUGAGUUCAAGCCACUAUGGAUUGAGGAGCCCACCUCCCCUGAUGACAUUCUGGGACACGCAGCCAUUUCCGAGGCACUGGUCCCAUUAGGAAUUGGCAUUGCCACCGGAGAACAGUGCCACAAUAGAGUGAUAUUUAAGCAACUCCUACAAGCGAAAGCCCUGCAGUUUCUCCAGAUUGACAGCUGCAGGCUGGGAAGUGUCAAUGAAAACCUCUCGGUGUUGCUGAUGGCCAAAAAGUUUGAAAUUCCCGUUUGCCCUCAUGCCGGUGGAGUUGGCCUCUGUGAAUUGGUUCAGCACCUGAUUAUAUUUGACUUCAUCUCCAUUUCUGCAAGCCUUGAGAACAGGAUGUGUGAAUAUGUCAACCACCUGCAUGAACAUUUCAGGUAUCCAGUGGUCAUCAAGAAAGCGUCCUACAUGCCUCCUAAGGAUGCUGGUUAUUCAACAGAAAUGAAGGAGGAAUCUGUAAAGAAACACCAGUAUCCACAUGGGGAAGUCUGGAAAAAACUCCUUGCUGCUCAAGAGAAUUAAAUGUUCAGCCCUUACACCCUUUCCUAAGUGAAAAGGCUUAACCACUUUUUGGGUGUGGUUUUACAAAAACAGGGGAAAGAAAUCGUAGCAAUCAAAACAAGUUCAGCUGAAAGUCCUGUUAACCUCAGGAAUCAGCUUAGUCGUCAUUAUUGAUUCUUUUAGCAAAUAAACACACAUUCUCCUAAUUAAUCCUUAAACAAAUUUAGAUUUAACUCCAACUCCAGAAAGAUGUUCUUACAAAAUUUCUACCAAGUGCUGGUACCCGGACAUUAAAUUAUACUUUGAAAAU